AUAUUGUGGCAMAUUAAAAAAAAUUGUUAGAGUAUUUGAUGUUUCUUUAUUUUUUAAAGUAAAUCUGACGUCAGAUGUAAGGCUCCAAGUUUUUAUCUACUUGAGUACAUUCGUGAUAUUUUAAUUCAAGAUUCACUUAUGAAGAUUUUCUUGUUAUCCCUUUAUCAGCAUUAUUAAUAUUUUAUGUUAUUUAUUUAUUUUUGUAGUUUUCUAUAUGUGAAGUGUUUUGUCUCCGUUGGCACGUGAAGGCAUCAUGACGGUGAGCAGGUAGAGAUCCUCGGGGAGCCUCCGUGAGUCCGGGAGAUAAACUUUUGGGUYCGUACCGUAACUCAACCCUCCGCCCCGGUUCUCCGUGGACCUUCAGCGGGAACUAAAUGGAAGCUGGACGCGGCACCGUUGGAUUGUUUGUUGAAUUUGAAAGCAGAAAACCAGUCGACGGAGACUCGCAGUGCUCGGACAGAGUUUAAGUUUUAAUUGAAGAAAGUGUCUUUUUUUGCUGCGGUUAAUAAUUAGAUAAAAAUAACUGUUUUUUUUAUGUAGUUUCUCGGUUGUAAAACAGAAAAAAAAAAAGAAAAGAGAAACUCUUGCUCAACUUUUAUCUGCCAGCAUGACUCGGAGCUCUCCGGCGGCAACCUGUAGCUCAGCCUUUGAAGUUCAAGUCGUGGCUCGCGAGCGUUUUUUGGUGGAUUUCUGCAGAAAAUGUGGCGCCCACAGGACGGGCUGAGAUCUGACGCUUAUUUCCCACCGCUGCGUCGCUCAGUGCGGAUGAAAGGACACGGAUACACCAUGACCUGUGGACGACUGGGGGGAGACACGCGUGACGAGAGAACAUCCAAAUGAGGACUUUUUGUUUGUUUGGUGAAAAAUCAGCUUUUUGGACCGAGUGGACAACACACAACCCUGGAUACCCUGAGGAUCAGAGCUGGACUCCUGCUCCACAUUUAGAGUUUGAUUAUUAACCCCGGCUGUGGAUGGAAAGCCUCCAGCUUUAACAGUUUUGGAUUAUAUCUCCUGAGCUGCAGUCGUUGAGGGGAGGCCUUAAAAAGACCCGCAUUUGCCUGCUUUGAAGUCCACCAAUGUGCGGCCGGGCACCGCCGCCGCCGCAGCCGAGGCCAUGACCGUGCCUCGGCGGCGCCUGGCCGCGCUCUGGCCGUGGCUGCUCAUGGCGGCCCUGCAGGUGGUGCUGGGCCAGCCGGGCCCGGAGUCCGAGCGCGCGCUGCUCCGAGCGCUCAUCAAGGUGACGCUGGUGAAGCACGAGACCGCCGGGGAGCCCAUCGUSUUGGAGGGGGACUUCGUGGGAGGCAGCGCCGGCAAAGCGGAGGGGAAACUCAUGCAGUAUCACCCUCUGUCUUUGUGCAACACGAGCGAGGAUGAGCGGCAGGACAGCACCUUCAUCACCAUCGUCAAACUGGAGCACAGGGUGGCACCCUGCCUCCCGCUGGCUGAAAAGGCUCGCAUGGCGCUGGAUAAAGGAGCUCAGGCYGUUAUCUUUGAUGUCAGCGACGACACCAACGCUGCUGCCGACUUCUCGCAGUUUCAAGAAACAGACUCCCUUCCCCGUCCAGUUGUGCUGGUGAAGGGGGAGAACGCAGAGAAGCUGAUGGGUUUGGUCAACAAGAACGAGGAAGCCAAUGUUGUUAUUGAGAUCAAGAUGGAGCCCAAGUGGCCACAUUAUGAUGUGAGCAUCCUGCUCACCAUCGUCCUCGUCAUUCUCACCAUCGUCCUGAUCUUUGCUUUUCGCUACAAGUGCAAGCCCAACAGAACCUGGGACUCUGUCCAUCAGCAGACCAUGCGAGCCAUCGGUCGACUGGAGACCAGAACCUACCGCUCCCAGAGCUGCUCGGGCUCACAGCGCCACCGCGGGGCCUGGGGCUCGGCCAGCAGCUCCAACUCCAGCCCCGUCUGCGCCAUCUGUCUGGAGGAGUUCCAGGAGGGGCAGAAUCUGAGGAUCAUCUCCUGCGCUCAUGAGUUCCACAGAGAGUGUGUGGACCCCUGGCUGCUGCAGCACCGCACCUGUCCCCUCUGCAUGCACAACAUCAUGGGAAUGGAGCGUCAGCCUCAGAGGAACAGACCCCAGCAGAGUUCAGAGCAAAGCCAGAGCUUCCUGCACCCCCAGCCUUACAGCAGCCCCCACAACCACCCCUUCCCUCAGCACGCCAUCCCCUUCUCCAUGAGGCCCCACUAUCCCCGCGGGCCCUCUGGACCAUAUCCCAAUCUGGGCCACUACAGCGGCUCCCCUCCCAUGGACAGCCAGAUGCUGCACUUCCUCAGCAGCCGGCAGCUGGGGGCAGCUUGUGGGUUCCACCUGCCCGUGGAGGUCCCAGGGAGGCCCCACAGGAUGGGAGGGAACUGCAGGACUUCCAGCCACCACUACCCCUCCCGCCGGUCCUGCCACGCCCACCGCUCCGCCUGCCCGGCCCAGCGCAACCCGUCGAGACCGCAGCACGGCGUGUCGGUCGCACCGCAGAGCCGUGGAGCAGCGGCCCACGGCCGGCAGGAGGAGGGGAGCUGCUCUGGCGGGAGCUACCACACGGAGCGCAGCGGGUAUUUGGCCGACGGGCCGGCGAGCGACUCCAGCUCAGGACCGUGCCAGAGUUCCUCCAGUGACUCGGUACUCAACUGUACCGACGUGUCCCUGCAGGGAGUUUAUGGCAGCUGGUCCACCUUUCGCAGCUCUCUGAGCAGUGACUAUGAUCCGUUCGGGUAUUACGGGCCGGGUCCUGGGCGGACCCCGCGCAGGAACAGCCUGGAGGCCGCGGCCCAGACUCGACCCAGGUCUCUGGAUUCAGUGGUGAACAAAGAAGGCUGCCUUGGAGAACAGCCGCCGACUGUUUUCAACCACAUCCACUACCAUCGCCACAGACACCACCACUACGAGGAGGGGGAGCACAGCCAGGGCCUGAACAGGGUCUCAGAUGAGGAGCAGGGGGCCGGGGCUGCAGCGGCUGCACCCUCUGCUCACGUCCUGGACAAAGACUCCCCUGCGUGCCCACCAAAGCACAGCCCCUGCCACUGCCCCCAGCCAGAACCCAGCGGCAGGCCGAGCCCUGGAACAGAGUGCCAGGACCCCACAGGGCCUCCCGUUCUUGUGUCCUCGCUCCCCUUACAGCUCCAGUCCCACUGCUGCCACGGACACCCCCCUGCUCCCCUGGGACGAGUGGGGGGCUGUCUGCUGGAAGGCCCCUCUGUUCGCUUCCACCAGAGCCUGGACCUGCAGGACGACCGCAGCAUCCACAUCCACUAYGGCCAGGGUCCGGCCUUCUGCUGCUCUCCGGCCGAGCUGCGCCCGGCCCUGCUCCCCGUGCCUCUCAUCCUGGACUCUGCGGGGCUGGAGGAGUGGCCCUGCUGCGCCGGGGCUCGCGUGGCGUGGCAGAGGCAGGUGCAGCAGGCCCACUCAGAGCCUCAGCUCCUGGGGCCGAGGACGGCAGCGGACAGGCCGCCCUGCAGGUUCCACCUUCAGGGCCCCGCCGCUGACCUCAACACGGACCUUUGUUUAUACUGCCAAUCAUUACACCACAAUCAGGGAUCAGAAGAGGAGUCUGGGGUCUGAAUGGAGCCAGAACAGAAGUGCUUCACACAAAAAAUUCCACCAGUUCUGACCUCCAGCCGCCUCCAGAAGAUCCCCUCUACUCACAUAAUGACAUUUCUCUUGUUUUUUUUUUAUUUUUUAGAAAAAGGUUUUUGUUUUCAACACCUUAUGGUUCUAAUAUGUGAAGAUGGGUGUCAGGAGAAAAGGCUCCCAUCACCAAAGCGAGGAUCGUUCCCGCUAAGCUUCCAUGCGCCAACAGCCAGUGAAUGAUCCAGUUCAGGGUGUGGAGMCCCCCGCAUGAAGUGAGCCUGCAUCUCUGCAUCACUUUCUCCUAAUAAAGAACAACGUGAUUCACCAUCAGAGGUACUUCACCUGCGUAGCCUUCUCCUUCCUUCGCUGAGUCUAGUCUCAGCUGAGAGAAGCUCUUCUCUCCAGCCUACCUCAGCUCAGAGUUCUUAAUUCGCCUCCCACAGAGGGGGUCUUUAAAGGUACUGCUGUAGUCAUUUCUCUUUGUCUUCUUUUUUUGUUGUUGUUGUUUUUGUCACAACUUUGUAGCUUCAAACUCAUCAGAAAGUUACCCUCUUGGCUCGGUGGAACGGAGAGAAAGGUUUAUGCUCAGCCUCACACGGGCCUCGUUUUCUUAAUUUCAAUUAUGGCAGCUGUUUUCAUCUUUUUCUCUUUUUUUUGUUGUAGUUUGCCUGUUUUUUAUGCGCUUCAGACAAAUCGAUUUGACUGAAUUAUGUUAGUCACUGCAAAGCUAUUGUGUUUUUUUUUUUGUCACGUGGUUACUUCAGUGCCGUUCAGGUCCUCGGAACAGCGGUCUAAUCAGAAGGGUGACAAUCAGAUCCUCCUUUCUUCCAUCUCAUCGUGAUGUUAUUUUAUCCUUUCACAGAGUUUAUACUCUUCCCCUUUGUUUCCAACAAUCCUAAGCUGUAGUAAACUACAGGAGCAGAGUAACGACUCUGCCUUUUAGUCUAACUGGARUGAAGCCAUGCUAGGUAGAACUAGAUGUUAGCUCAGUCUGUUGCUGCGGCACCACUUUUAUAAAAGCUUGGUGUUUUUUUUUUGUUUGUUUUUUUGUGUUGGUUUGUUUUAACAAAUAUAGGCAGAGCCUGAGAAAUGUCUCAGGGACCGUCAAGAUCUUUUAGAGAACUUCCACCCAAAAUAUUUUUUUUAAAAUAAAACUGACAAAUUUAUUUUGAAAAUGUAAAAUAAAGAAUCCAGUUAAGGUUUAAGCUGAUAGUAACCCUGUUCAGCUUCUCUGAUGGACUGAGAGACGAAAAGUGUAUUUAAAGAAAAUAUAAAGUCAACGUCACUGUGCCUUUUAAAUUUGGAUAGUUUUUUUUUCUUAAAGGAAUAGUCAGGACCUUUUGAAUGUUGGAAAAAUUUGUCAGAAUGGACAUCCUUCCUGUUAAAGAUUGGUCUUUUUAUAAACUCCGUAUGGAGACGUCAUUCUGUUCUGACUGGACUGAUGAGCUAAAGGCUAAAGGCUAGUCCAACUGCCAUCGUGAAACUCAGAUCUCAGAAUUCGAAAUGGCUCACACAGACUUUUACAACACUUGUCACAGUUUUUUAUCUGGAUAUUUGCGAGCGAAGCCAUCACCGGCGGCAGCUAGCUGUAGCAYUCCUGCAGGAAUGUCCUAAUAGUUAAGAUAAUUCCGUUCCUGUGAAGCACUUUGAUAUUUAGAGGAAAAUGGUUGUUUUAAAAAUGGAAGAAAUUCCCAUUAACCCUCUACGGCAGUGGUUCCCAAACUUUUUGUCUUCUGACCCACAAAAUAUCCCCGGCAAAAACUUGUGACCCCAAAUAUUA